GGACCCGUUACUAGGUGGGGUCUAUCAUGAGUAUAUAUACACUCUCUCUGCCACUUCAACUCCACUGGAAUCUCAGUGAGACAAACUUCUUCCGUCCAAGCCCACACGUCAGAGUCCAACAGCCCCACCAUGUCUUUCAUCCAAGCCUUCCUGCAGCAGACGGUCUAUAUGGGCAUGCCCGAUGAGUCAGUCCUCGCCAAGGAGGGAACGGUGACUGCAGCACUUAAUUUCAGCUCCAGUGGAGAUGCAGCAGUUUUGGAUAAGGCCAUCAAGGCAAAAGGUGUGGAUGAGAACACCAUCAUUGAAGUGCUGGUGAAAAGGAGCAAUGAUCAGAGACAGCAGAUCAAGGCGGCGUACCAGCAAUCAUCCGGCAAGCCUCUGGAAGCAGCACUGAAGAGCGCUCUGAAGGGAGAUCUGGAGGAGGUGGUGUUGGCUCUGCUGAAAACACCUGCCCAGUACGAUGCCCAACAGCUGAAAUUGGCCAUGAAGGGACUGGGCACAGAGGAGGAAGUCCUUAUUGAGAUUUUGGCCUCCAGAACCAACAGAGAGAUUGAGGAAAUAAAGAAAGCCUACAAGGAAGAUCACAAGAAGGACCUGGAGACUGACAUCAGGGGGGACACCAGUGGAGAGUUCAGGGCUGCCCUCCUUGAACUCUGCAAGGCCAACACGACUGAAGGAGUCUGUGAGCAGAUGAUUGACAGCGAUGCCAGGGCUCUGUACGAGGCCGGGGAGGGGAGGAAGGGCAACGACUGCUCAGUCUUCAUUGACAUCCUCACCAACAGGAGUGGCCCUCAUCUCCGUAAAGUGUUUGACAGAUACUCAAAGUACAGCAAGGUGGACGUGGCCAAAGCUAUCGACCUGGAGAUGAAGGGAGAUAUUGAAAGUUGUCUCACUGCAGUAGUGAAGUGUGCUGGCAGCCGAACUGCUUUCUUUGCAGAGAAGCUCAAUUUGGCCAUGAAGGGUAAAGGUACCCGCAAACAUAUCCUGACCCGCAUCAUGGUGAGCCGUUCCGAAAUUGACAUGAAAAGGAUCAAGGAUGAGUACAAGAAAAACUACGGCUCCUCACUCCACAAGGAUAUUCUGGAUGACACCAAAGGAGACUAUGAGAAGAUUCUGCUCGCUCUCUGUGGGGGUGAUAACUAAUCGCUAUUAAAUCUGGUUUAAGGCUCAUAUAAUUGAAGAUCCGGCAGCGAGCCCAGCUGUGGAAAAUCACCUAUAAUCUGUUGACACAUAUUGUACCCUUUGCUUCUGUGGAGAACCAACAAAACAUAAAAAAAAGUCUGUGACUGUCAUGCAAUUUGAGAUAGAUAUUAACAGCAAUGCAAAGAUAAGAAUAGAAAAAAGCACUGCUUCAGUAGAUAUUUUCUUAGAGUUAUUACUUUUUAUUUCAAGUCUGUUAUCCUGGUAUAGAUCUGACAGCAGUGACUCAUAUCUGCUGUUUGAAAAGAAGCUGAAGUCAGUGCAGCUGCUUACAGAUGUAUACAGUUAACCAAAUAUAUUCAGCGGCGGCAGGCCUACCCUUGAAGGAGCUUGGACAACUUGUGAAUAAAAGCAUUUUAUAUGAAAGCC